AUGAAAUCCAUGUUUCUCGUUGUCGUCAUGUCGCUUCUAGCGUUCCUUUCUACUGUGGCCAAUGCCGCCUGUAGUUGCAGUGAAGCCGAUACGACUUGUUUGCAAAAGUGUGUUUCUGAUGCCAACAACUGCAUCCAAAACUGCCAAGGCUCUGAUGACUGCUACACCGGCUGCGUGGAACAAUACUGGCCGACCAGUGUGAGUCCUGCCAACUCUUCGGUCAUGUCAACGUCAAUGCCGGCCACUGCCAGUGCUACUGCCAGCGCCACUGCUAGCGUUAGUGGUAGCGCUUCCUCCCAUGUCGCUUCCCAAACACAAAAUGCCAUCCAGACACCACAAAGCUCUGCUCCUAGCAUCACAAUGGCCGGUAAUACCAUGUCAGCUGCACUCACGCUUACUGUGAUCAUGAUGGCCAGUUUCUACUUGUAA